UCUCUUUUAUCUUUUUCCCAAAACCUUACAUAUACAUUUAUAAAUAACAAUACCUUAAAAUCAUUGAUCUCUCAUUUCCUCAUUUCAAGAAAAUGGCCUUCCGAUUCAAGAACCAAAAAACUAAAUCAUCUUCAAUAUACUCUAGUCCAUUCCACCAAAUGGAAAACCCUCCCUUAUUAUCAUUGCUCCAACGUACCACUACUCAUCACAAUUGUACGACAACUACUACUAAUACAAAUACAAAUACAAACACAAACACCAAAAAAUCAAGAAAAUCUUCUAGUAGUACUAGUGGUGGCAUUUUUCGUAUGUUUAAACUCCUCCCCAUGUUAACAACCGGUUGCAAAAUGGUUGCCUUAUUAGGUGGUCGUCCAAGAAAUAAAAUGUUAACCGAUAAAGCCACAACAAUUACUUUAUUUGGUUACAAAAAAGGUAGAGUUAGCCUAGCAAUUCAAGAAGACCCUCAUAGACCUCCGAUUUUCGUGAUCGAGCUACCGAUGCUCACCGGUGCUUUUCACAAAGAAAUGGCAUCGGAUAUAGUAAGAUUGGCACUCGAGAGUGAAACUAAGACACAUAAAAAGAAAGUGUUGGAGGAAUUUGUUUGGGCAGUUUAUUGUAAUGGGAGGAAAUUUGGGUAUUCAAUAAGAAGGACUAAAAAUAUGAGUGAGGAUGAAACUCAUGUGAUGCAACUAUUGAGAGGUGUUUCAAUGGGUGCUGGAGUUCUUUCUUGUCCAGUACAUGAUGAGAAGGAGAAUAGAGGUGUUGAUGGAGAAAUGACUUAUAUAAGGGCAAGAUUUGAUAGGGUUGUUGGAUCAAAAGAUUCAGAGGCAUUUUAUAUGAUUAAUCCUGAUGGUGCAUCUGGUCAAGAAUUGAGUAUUUUCUUCGUAAGAGUUCAUUGAAAGUACUUGAGAAUAGUAUGCAUGUCCGGUGCGUUCUUAAACAAAGUCUCAAGUUUGAUGUUCAGAAAAUGGAAAACGUCUCGGUAUGGGACUUUUAACUUCCUGUGGACAGAAUUUCCCACAUGGAUCGGUUCUCAAUGGGUGAUUUGUUUUUUUAUAUAUGAUUUUGGACAAUCAUCACUUCAUGAGCUAGCUUUUGAGGUCUAAUUAGGCUCAAUGCCCAUUUUACAUGGUAUCAGAGCAGACCUAUUUCUAUUCAUGAUUUAUCCGAUAUUGGGCCCAUGUACCAUAUAUGUUGUCCACACGCUAGUUAGCACAGGUCUACUGGUCUAGGCGUGCAGGGUUUCAGAAUUUCUCCCAUCGAUCGGUUCUCAAUGGAUGAUUUGCUCUCUUUAUACGAUUUUGUGCAAUUCUCAUUUGAUGAGAUAACUUUCGAGAUUGAGUUAUGUCCAAGAUUAAUUUCUUCACACCGUGGACCUACUGAGUGCAAUUCCAAAUUAAUCAAGCAAUGAGUUUUAUUGUCUACAGUAAAAAAAGAAAAUAGUUUGUACUAUAUAAGUCUUGAAGGUUUAGGUAAAAACAUAAAGGGAAAGGUAAAUUCUUUUUCCCUUCAAUCUGUUUCUAGAGUAGUUAUUGGAAUACAUUCUAAUUGGUUUUGACUUGUACUUGUAUCGAAAAGAAAAGGGGUAAAAUAGUUUAUCUAGA